AUGUUUAUUGUUGGUUUAACUGGAGGACUUGCAACAGGAAAGAGUACAGUUCUAUCUAUAUUUCGAGAAAAUGGAAUAGCUGUAAUAGAUGCUGAUGAUAUAGCUAGAAAAGUACUAGAACCAGGAACAAAAGCUUGGAGAGAAUUAAAAGCGUAUUUUGGAGAAGAUGUUUUAUUAUCAGAUGGAAAAGUUAACAGAAUAAAAUUGGGAGAAAUAGUGUUUCAAGAUAUUGAGAAGAGGCGAAAACUUAAUGCCAUUACACAUCCAAGAAUUCAAAGUGCUAUGAUGAAGAUGGCUUUCAAAUACUUUUUUUCUGGUCACAAGUAUAUUGUUAUGGAAGUGCCAUUGCUUUUUGAGACUGGCAAAAUGUUGCACUUUAUGCACAAAAUUAUUACUGUAGUGUGUGAAAAUCAUCAACAACUGGAGAGACUUUGUAAGAGAAAUGAUUUCUCAGAGAAAGUGGCCAUACAAAGAAUUAACACUCAAAUGCCACUUGAACAGAAAGUUGCUAAUUCUCAUUUUGUGAUAGAUAACUCAGGUGACAUUGCAAGAACAAAACGACAAACUUUAAGCAUAAUAAAAGUGCUAAGGCAUUCUAAAUUUACAUGGUACUUUCGGGCAAUUAUUUUGAUUGGUUUGCUCUCAGCUAUAUUUGGAAUGACUCACAUAGCUUCCAACAUGUUUAAAAGCAAAACC